AUGUUUCAGCGUCGCACAGCAGUUGCUGCCAAGCGUUCCGUUGCUCAAUGGAGGGGUCUCGCAACCGCGUCUCCCGUGAGCUCUGCACGAAACCAUAAGAUUGUAGUGGUCGGCGGUGGUACUGCUGGUCUCACCAUCAGCCACCAGCUCCUACACUCCGGCAAAUUUGCCCAAGAUGACAUUGCGGUGAUUGAUCCAGCCGCGUGGCAUCACUACCAACCCGGCUGGACACUGGUCGGUGGUGGUCUCAAGGACAAAACGGAACUGCGCAAGCCGUUAAACAGCUUGGUUGAUUCCAAGUUCAAGUUCUAUAACGAGGGUGUUGGCGCAUUUGCUCCCGCUGAAAAUGCGCUCACUCUUGAGAAUGGCGACAAGAUCAACUACGAGCAGCUGGUCGUGGUGCCCGGUAUUAACAUCAACUACGGCUCUAUCAAGGGUCUCCCUGAAGCCCUUGCAGACCGAAACUCAAAGGUUUCGACAAUCUACAGCUACGACACAUGCGACAAGGCUUUCCGCUGCAUUGAGAACUUCCGCGAAGGAAAUGCCAUUUUCACUCAGCCAGCCGGUAUGGUGAAGUGUGCAGGCGCUCCACAGAAGAUCAUGUGGCUUGCGUUGGAUCAUUGGAAACGAGCUGGCCUCUACAACCCCACCAACCCCUCCGCCUCGCCUGUCAAAAUUAGCUUCGCAACCGGCCUCCCAAUGAUGUUCGGUGUGCCCAAGUACAGUGCCGUCCUCGAGCAGAUGCGGAAGGAUCGUGGUGUUGAGGGAUUGUUCCAGCACGAUCUCCUCGCCAUUGAUGGCAAGGCUGCUAUCUUUGCUUCUCCCGAAGGAGAAGUCACCAGACAAUUCGACCUCUUGCACGUCACCCCCAAGAUGGGUGCCCACGGCUUCGUCAAGAACAGCCCUCUGGCCAACGAGGCUGGAUUCGUCGAUGUUGACGAUAGCACCACCCAGCACAAGGCGUUCUCCAAUGUCUGGUCUGCCGGUGAUGCUUCUAGUUUGCCCACAUCCAAGACCGCUGCUGCGGUCACUGCUGAGGCACCGGUCCUCGUUCGCAACCUUUUGCAGAGCAUGGAGGGCAAGGAGCUGGAUGCUUCUUAUGAUGGAUAUACCUCUUGCCCAUUGUUGACUCAGUAUGGCAAGGUCCUUCUUGCCGAGUUCAAGUACGGCGGAGUGCCCAAGGAGACAUUUGGAGACUGGUUCGGUAUGGACCAGGCCGAGCCUCGUCGCAUGUUCUACCAUUUGAAGAAGGACUUCUUCCCUUGGGUCUACUAUAACUACAUGAUCAAGGGUAACUGGGGUGGCCCGAAGGGCUUCCUAUAG